AUGCGUAAAGUGACGAUGGCCGAAGGGAGGAAAUAAGUGGUGACUGAAGCGGAAGUGCUGGAGGAUCUCCACGCGCGCUACGGGAAGUGUUUGUGGAAGCACCAUGCUUCAGGGUUUAGACUUGAUCGGGACUAUCGGGGAAGACGAUGAGGGGCCCCUGGAACCAGAGUCCGACAGCGGAGAUGAUGAGGAAGAGGAGCCCAUUGUGCUGGGCAGAAAAAAACAGGCAUUGCGCAAGAAUCGGAGCGUUGAUUUCAAUCCAGACUUUGUUUUUACUGAAAAGGAGGGAGCAUAUGAUGGGAGCUGGGCCAUGGCUGAUGUUAUGAGUCAACUCAAGAAGAAGAGAGCAGCCACAACACUAGAUGACAAGAUUGAGAAAGUCCGAAAAAAACGGAAGAAUGAGGAAAAAGAAGCCAAAUCUGGGAAAACAGUAGAUGAGAAGGAAGGAGAUGAGGGUUCUGAGAAGGCAAACCAAGAUGACUUUGAAGGAGAGCAUGAAGAAGAGGUAAAAGAGGAAGAAUCAGAGUCAGAAUAUUCAUCAACUGAUGAAAACAUCCUUACCAAAGCAGAUACGCUGAAAGUGAAGAAAACGAAGAAACAGAAGAAAGGAGAGAAGGAAACGGGUUUUUUUGAAGAAGCCUCUCAGUAUGACGAAAACCUCACAUUCCAGGACAUGAAUCUAUCUCGACCUCUCUUGAAGGCCAUUACAACCAUGGGUUUCAAGCAACCUACCCCUAUCCAGAAGGCCUGCAUCCCUGUGGGGCUAUUAGGAAAGGACAUCUGUGCUUGUGCAGCCACUGGGACAGGUAAAACAGCUGCUUUUGCCCUUCCGGUCUUGGAGCGUCUUAUCUAUAAACCUCGACAGGCCCCCAUAACCCGUGUACUUGUGCUAGUUCCCACCCGAGAAUUGGGCAUUCAGGUACACUCUGUCACCAAGCAGCUGGCCCAGUUCAGCACUGUUACCACCUGCCUUGCAGUGGGUGGCUUGGAUGUGAAAUCGCAGGAGGCAGCUCUUCGGGCUGGGCCAGAUAUCCUCAUUGCUACACCUGGUAGGCUCAUUGACCAUCUCCACAAUUGCCCUUCCUUCCAUUUGAGUAGUAUUGAAGUACUCAUCUUGGAUGAAGCUGACAGGAUGCUAGAUGAGUACUUUGAGGAACAGAUGAAAGAAAUCAUUCAGUUGUGUUCCCAUCACCGCCAGACCAUGCUCUUCUCAGCCACCAUGACAGAUGAGGUGAAAGAUCUGGCCUCAGUCUCACUAAAGAAUCCUGUCCGGAUCUUUGUGAAUAGCAACACAGAUGUAGCUCCAUUCCUAAGGCAGGAAUUCAUUCGAAUCCGACCUAAUCGAGAAGGAGACCGGGAAGCCAUUGUGUCAGCUCUUUUGACACGAACUUUUACAGACCAUGUGAUGCUAUUCACCCAGACGAAGAAGCAGGCUCAUCGUAUGCACAUUCUUCUAGGGCUUAUGGGGCUGCAGGUGGGAGAGCUGCAUGGGAAUCUCUCUCAAACACAGCGUCUGGAAGCCCUAAGGCGCUUCAAGGAUGAGCAGAUUGACAUCCUGGUGGCCACAGAUGUGGCUGCCCGAGGACUGGACAUUGAAGGUGUCAAAACAGUCAUCAACUUUACAAUGCCCAACACCAUCAAACAUUAUGUGCACCGUGUAGGCCGAACAGCACGUGCUGGCAGGGCUGGACGCUCUGUCUCUCUGGUGGGAGAAGAGGAACGUAAGAUGUUGAAGGAGAUUGUGAAAUCGGCCAAAGCACCUGUGAAGGCCAGGAUUCUUCCUCAAGAUGUAAUCCUAAAAUUCCGAGACAAGAUUGAGAAGAUGGAGAAAGAUGUGUAUGCAGUCCUGAGACUAGAGGCUGAGGAGAAGGAGAUGCAGCACUCAGAAGCCCAGAUAAAUACAGCAAAACGACUCCUAGAGAAAGGGAAUGAAGAGCCAGAGCGGACCUGGUUCCAGAGUAAAGAGGAGAGGAAAAAGGAAAAAAUUGCAAAGGCCCUACAAGAGUUUGACUUGGCUUUGAGGGGAAAGAAAAAGAGAAAGAAGUUUUUGAAGGACUCCAAGAAAAAGGGGGAAAUGAUACCAGAAGAAAGGUCUCAAUUUGAGAUUCUCAAGUCACAGAUGUUUGCUGAGCGAUUGGCUAAGAGGAAUCGCAGGGCCAAGAGAGCACGAGCCAUGCCUGAGGAGGAGCCAUCACCAGCCCCAGGCAGGAAGCAAAAGAAGGUGAAGAAAUCUGUGUUUGAUGAGGAACUUACCAACACUAGCAGGAAGGCUUUGAAACAGUAUCGAGCUGGCCCCACCUUUGAAGAACGGAAACAGAUGGGUUUACUCCACCCAAGGAGAGGAGGAAACUUCAAAUCUAAAUCCAGGUACAAGAGGAGGAAGUAGCAAUAGUUACCUGAAGAAACACAGUUUAAGCCUUUAAUCCCUUCCCUAGGGGAAAUACAAUUCCAUUGUUUUGAUUGUAAAAAUCCUCUUUUGAAAACUAUUAAAAGUCUCUAGUUUGCAUUUAUUUUUAAAUAA